UCUUCAUUAGUAGUAAUAAUCAAUUUUUUUUUCCAUCUGUACUAAUUUCCUUUUACAUGCAGGUGGAGAAGAUUCCGGAGUCAUUUGAAUCUGUUGAUAGCUAUCUCGGUUCUUACAUCUUCCCUUUACUAGAAGAAACGCGCGCGGAACUUGCUUCGGCCACGGAAACUGUAUAUAAUGCACCUUUUGCUGAAGUGACAUCGUUUAGUGAGCAAAGACAUGGGAAAUUCCUAUAUAGCGUUAAGGUUGAUGAUUGGAGAAACAGAUUAAGUGAUGGUGGCAGAGAGCCUUACAAAACUUUGCCCGGUGAUUUAGUUUUGAUUUCAGAUGUCGAACCGAAAACCAUUUCUGACUUACUGCGUGUUGGCUUUACGUAUACGUUGGCUUCUGUAAUAAAUAUUGAGGAUGAUGGGAGUGACAAUAAUUGUACAUCCUCCAGUUUUGCUCUGAAAUCGUCUCGGGAGAUUGACUUCGGGGAUGGACAAGGAGAGUCACUCUAUGUGGUUUACUUGGUCAACAUUACACCACUUAAAAGAAUAUGGAAUGCGUUGCGCAUGCGUCGAAAUCUGACAAUCGUUGAUAAAUUAUUAGCCAAGAAUGACUUGAGUGAGGAGAUGUGUGAUGUAUGUUGCCAUAAAGACAAUGCUGAGAUGGAAGAGAAACUUGGUUCGACUUUAUUCUCCAAGUUAAAUGAAUCACAACUCGAUGCAAUAUUGUCUUGUCUAUCGAAAUCCGAGUGCGACCACAAGCCAUCUGUGGAACUCAUAUGGGGUCCACCUGGGACUGGAAAGACAGCAACCUUGAGCAGAUUACUGUUUAGUCUCUUAAAAAAGAAAGUGAGGACCCUCAUUUGUGCCCCAACGAACGUUGCAAUUAAAGAACUGGCCUCUCGGGUGAUAGCACUUGUAAGAAAUAAAUCUGAGGAGAACAAUUUGUCUUGUCCUUUAGGAGACAUGCUCAUCUUUGGCAAUAAGGAUCGUUUGAAAGUUAGCUCAGACAUUGAAGAAAUUUUUUUAGAAUAUCGUGUUGAUAGGCUUGUAAGUUGCCUCGGGUCACUAACUGGUUGGAAGCAUUGUAUCUCGUCCAUGCUCGAUUUUCUCCAAGACUGUGUUUCUUAUCAUCAAAUCUUUGUGGAGAAUGAGCUCAUCGCAGCAAAACAAAGUCCCGAGCACGUCGAAUCAAAAUCACUUUUGGAGUUUGUCCGAGAUCGAUUUCCACGUUUAGCAACACCUCUGAGAGAUUGCAUGACUACAUUCUUCACUCAUUUACCGAGGAAUCCCGCUCACGAGCAGCAGAUAUUUCGAAACAUAAAGCAACUAAUGUCCCUUCUCGAUUCGGUUGAGAUGUUGUUGUUUGAAGACAAUAGCUUGACAUCUAAAACACUUGAGAGAAUCUUCUUACGGGAGGGAACGGUUGAUUCUGCAUCGUCCUUAAUGUAUAUGAGAAGCCAAUGUCUGAAUAUUCUCAGAUCUCUUCGGGGUUCUCUAGAUAAACUUGGCCUGCCAAAUGGCAUUCAUAUAACUUCCACCCAAGACUUGUGUUACAAAAAUGCUACUUUAAUUUUUUGCACAACUUCGACGGCAUAUAAGCUGCACACAGUUGAAAUGGAACCAUUUAACAUGUUGGUCAUCGAUGAAGCUGCCCAAGUAAAGGAGUGUGAAUCGAUCAUUGCGCUUCAGAUCCCCGGUGUCAGGCAUGCAAUUCUUGUUGGCGAUGAAUGCCAGUUACCAGCGACAGUUAAAAGCAAGGUAUCUGAAGAAGCUGGUUACGGGAGAAGUCUAUUCGAGAGAUUGAGCUCAUUGGGUCACUCAAAGCAUCUGCUUAAUGUGCAAUACAGGAUGCAUCCAUCCAUAAGCCGCUUUCCGAAUUCAAAUUUCUAUGACAACCAGAUAUUAGAUGCGCCUAGUGUGCGGAGCCGAAGCUAUGAAAGAUGCUAUCUCGAAGGGAGGAUUUUUGGUCCUUAUUCAUUUAUCGAUAUUCCUGGUGAUAAUGAAGAAUUGGAUGAUUUUGGGUAUAGUAGGAAAAACAUGGUUGAGGUGGCAGUAACUGUGAUGCUAGUGCAGAAACUCUUCAAGGCAUGGAAUGGCUCAAACGAGAAACUGAGCAUUGGCUUGAUAUCCCCUUAUGCUGCACAAGUUGCAGCAAUUCGAGACAAGCUUCAACGGAAGUAUGAGAAGUUUGACAAGUUUAUAGUUAAUGUGAAGUCAAUUGAUGGAUUUCAAGGCGGUGAGGAAGAUAUCAUAAUAAUAUCAACUGUGAGGUCUCAUAAAGGUGGAUCUAUUGGUUUCUUGUCCAGCCCGCAAAGAACUAACGUAGCUUUGACCAGAGCUCGUCACUGUCUUUGGAUACUAGGGAAUGAAAAAACUCUGAGUAAAAGUGAUUCAGUCUGGGAAGCAUUAAUAUCCGAUGCUAAGCACCGCGAUCGUUUUUUCACUGCUAAUGAAGAUUGCGACAUUCGAAAAGCUGUUAUAGACAUUACGAAAGAGUUGGAUCAACUUGAAGAUUUGCUCACUGGCAAGAGUAUACUCUUCAAAAAUUCGAGAUGGAAGGUUGUAUUCAGCGAUAUCUUCCGAAAAUCAUUUCAGAAAUUGAAACCUUCCAAUGUUAAGAAGCUGGCCAUAACUGUUCUACUUAAGCUUGCAAGUGGUUGGCGGCCCAAGAAUAUAAAUGUGAACUGUAAAUGCGAGAGCUCUUCAUAUAUUGUGAAGCAAAUCAAGGUUGCAAAAUACUAUGUUAUUUGCUCCAUUGACUUAAUUAAGGACCCCGUUUAUGUACAAAUUUUGAAAGUGUGGGACAUAUUGCCCAUGACGGAGACUACAAAACUGUUGAAACGGCUUGACAGCAUCUUUGCUAUGUAUACAGAUGAUUUUAUCAACUGCUGCAAUGAGAAGUUGUACGAGGGACAUUUGGAGAUGCCAAAGAGUUGGCCGGUUUGUACUGAUAUUAUCCGGUUCAAGAAUCUCAAUGACACCAAAGUCAACACUAAUAGUGGAAGUGAUGGUGUUGACUGCAGAAGUCAUGUUGAAAAUGCCAAAGUCAGCGAAAGCUUACUGUUGAUGAAAUUUUAUUCGUUGUCGAGUGAUGCUGUGAGUCAUUUGUUGCUUAGUGAUGAUGUGGAGGCUCGAGAAGUGGAUCUUCCAUUUGAGGUCACCGACGAAGAGCGUGAGAUAAUAAUGUUUCCAAGGAGCAGCUUUAUAUUAGGUAGAUCUGGUACUGGCAAGACUACUAUUUUGACUAUCAAGUUGUACCAGAAACUUCAGCAAUACAGCAUGGCUACACGCGAUUCUAUGGCAGAUCACAAUAGUGUGCAGACCUUGCACCAGCUUUUUGUUACUGUUAGUCCAAAACUAUGUUAUGCUGUUAAAAAGCAUGUUUCUCAUCUGAAGAGCUUUGCUAGUGAGAAUGCCUCCGUAAAUAAUAACUUAACGGAUAUGGAUGAUUUAGAUGAAAUGGCUGAAUUCCGAGAUAUCCCUGACACGUUUGUUGGCAUUGAACCAGAAAAGUAUCCUCUAAUUAUCACAUUUCAUAAGUUUCUAAUGAUGCUUGACGGUACGUUGGGUAAUUCUUAUUUUGAGAGGUUCCGUGAUGUAAGAGGUUCCUCAGAAUGCCAAGGUAGAAGAUCUAUUGCACUGCAGAGUUUCAUAAGGAGAAACGAGGUUACAUAUGACCGUUUUCGGUCCUUAUACUGGCCCCGCUUGAACGCGAAGCUCACAAAAAAUAUUGAUCCCUCGAGAGUGUUCACUGAAAUAAUGUCUCAUAUAAAAGGAGGUCUAAAAGAAGGGGAAUCAGGCGAAACCAAGCGAAGCAGAGAUGGCUAUGUUUCAUUAUCCGAAAGUAGGGUUUCCACUCUAAGUGCAGAGAAGAGGGAUGUAAUUUAUGAUAUUUUUGAAGACUAUGAGAAAAUGAAAUUGGAGCGUGGUGAGUUUGAUCUUGCUGAUUUUGUGAUUGACAUUCAUCUACGGCUCAAGAACGAGGAUGAUUUAAUUGGUGAUAAAAUGGACUUGGUGUACAUUGAUGAAGUGCAAGACCUUACCAUGAGGCAAAUUUCCCUUUUCCGUUUUAUUUGCAAAAAUGUCGAUGAAGGAUUUGUAUUUUGUGGUGAUACAGCUCAGACAAUUGCAAGAGGGAUUGACUUCCGGUUUGAAGAUAUUAGAUCGUUGUUCUAUAAUGAGUUCUUUAUGAAAUCUAGAAAUUGCGGGAGAAGAGAGAAAGGACUUGUAUCGGAUACUUUUUGUUUGUCACAGAACUUCCGUACGCAUACUGGGGUACUUAGGUUGGCACAGAGUGUCAUAGAUCUUAUUUGCCAUUUUUUUCCUCAGUCGAUUGAUGUAUUGCCUCCGGAGACUAGCCUUAUUUAUGGUGAGUCUCCUGUGGUACUCGAACCUGGUAGUGACGAGAACUUGAUUAUGAGUAUUUUUGGACAUAGUGGACAUGAUGCUGGAAAAUGGGUAGGGUUUGGUGCUGACCAAGUAAUUUUAGUACGUGACGAAUCUGCGAGAAGGGAAAUUUUCAACUAUAUUGGCAAACAAGCUCUUGUUCUCACUAUAGUCGAGUGCAAGGGGCUCGAGUUUCAGGAUGUUCUGUUGUACAAUUUUUUUGGUUCUUCACCUAUGAGUGAUCAAUGGAGGGUUUUGUAUGAAUUCUUGAAAGAAAAGGAUUUACUUGAUGCCAGUACUCCAAAGUCGUUUCCAAGUUUUAGCGAGUCAAGACACAACAUUCUGUGCUCUGAACUUAAGCAACUAUACGUGGCCAUCACUCGAACGAGGCAAAGAUUGUGGAUAUGUGAAAACAAUGAACAGCUGUCGAAGCCCAUACUCGAUUAUUGGAGAAGGUUGUGCCUUGUUCAAGUUCGCAAAAUAGACGAUUCUCUUGCAUUAGCAAUGCAAAGAGCUAGCAGCCCGGAGGAGUGGAAAUCACAGGGAAUCAAGCUCUUUUGGGAAAAGAAUUAUGAGAUGGCAACAGUGUGCUUCGAAAAAGCUGGAGAAGAAAAAUGGGAGAAAAGGGCCAAGGCUUCUGGUCUUAGAGCUUCGGCUGACUCUCUCCGUGGUUCAAACCCUAAAGAGGCUCGUGUUAUGCUUAGAGAGGCUGCUGAAAUAUUUGAUUCUAUUGACAGAGCUGAUUCUGCUGCAGAUUGUUUUUGCGACUUGGAGGAAUACGAAAGAGCAGGAAAGAUUUAUUUGGACAAAUGUGGUACGUCGGAGUUGAGAAAAGCUGGGGAAUGUUUCUCUUUAGCUGGAAGUUACAAAAUUGCCGCUGAAGUUUAUAACAAGGGGAAAUUUUUCGACGAGUGCUUAUCAGCUUGCACCAAAGGCAAUCAUUUUGACCUUGGUUUGCAGUACAUCGAGCAAUGGAAAUCAUUUGAUACUGGAAUUAUGACAAGAUUUAAAGGGAUUGACAAAAUUGCACAAGAGUUUCUCGAAAAAUGUGCUUUGGAAUGUAAUAGGAAAAAUGACAGUGCAUCGAUGAUGAAGUUUGUCCGUGCUUUCUGUACGGACGAGUCCAAAAGAAACUUGCUAAAGUCCUUGGAUUGCCUUGAGGAUCUUUUAAAAUUGGAGGAAGAGUGUGGAAAUUUCAAAGAGGCUGUAGAGAUUGCACAGCAAUUAGGAGGACAUAUUUUACGAGAGGUUGAUUUGCUGGAAAAGACUAAGGACUUUCGAAAUGCUUCGUUGCUCGUAAUAUCUUAUGUAUUUAAUAACUCUCUGUGGGUAUAUGGAAGCCAAGGUUGGCCGCUAAAAUCGUUUCCUCAGGAUCGAGAGCUAUUAGCUAAAGCGACAUCAGCUGCAAACAAUGUUUCCGAAAAUUUUCAUGCAUCAAUUUGUGCCGAGGCCGAAUUUUUGUGCCGUGAUAGAAUGAGUUUAUCUGAGUUGAUGCAGUGUUAUAGUGCUUCAAAGCAAUAUAAAACUCGUAUGGUCGAAAUUCUAUCCGUCAGAAAAUUCCUUGAUGCCCAUUUUCAAGUCCAUCCAGCAAAAUAUGAAUUGGAUCUUCUUCCUCAAUUGUUGAUUGAUCAAAGAUUAUUUGAAGAAAGAAUGUUGAAGAACCAAGUCUCUGGUGGAACCCUUGUUUUCGUUUGGAGCCUAUUGAAGGUACAAAGUGUGGAGAUCUUCGACUGUCUCGACUCUCUUGAAAGGGCAGACCUCGUCAAAUGUGAAGACACUGCUCGAUUCUGUUUUAACUACUUUGGAGUGAGGUCGGCACAUAACUCAAGUGACACCUAUUAUAUAUUGUUGAACCCUAAUUCUGCAUGGAUUAAAACUUCGGACAAGAGGUUCAUUGUGUGGAAAAGACAGGUGGCAACUCUUGAUGCUCGUCAUUUUGCGUCAGCUGCACGAGAAUAUUGGUGUCAAGAAAUGGUUUCGGCUGGACUAAGAGUAUUGGAUGCUCUUCAAGCUAUUUCGAUGAAGCCUUCUUUGUCCAAGUACUGCCAAACUGUGUACCUCCUUCAUAUUUUCGACAUAACAAGGUUCCUUGAGUCGAAAUCACUCGGCACAAAGAAAGUUGAUGCGAUCAAACUGCACAACUUUCUUCAAUUGUCUGCCAAAUACGUUGAAAUCGUUUUUCCUUUGGACCCUCGACAGUCGUUAUCUGAGGAUAUGGUAUCUUUAAGGGAAACCGAAAUUUCCAAGAAUUCACUUGAAGAUAUUGUGUGUAGAAAUAUUAGCUUGAAGAACGACGAACUCACUCAUAGGCAGAUAGGCGAGGUGGUGAUGAUAAUGCUUGGGUCUGGAUUAAAGCCGAGAAACGGGAUUAAUUAUGAGAGGCUUAUUGCAAGGCUGUCUGAAAACACUUGUAAUUGGAAGUCAUUCAUCGAGAAUCUCGGUACCGUGCAAGAAUCUUCCUCCAAAGAAGCUCUGAGUCACGAGUUUCAUAAAGCACUUGUCGAAACAUAUAACAGGAAUUGGAGGGCAAGAGACUAUAUAUCUCCUAAAUGUUUCUUUUAUCUUGUGGAGAGACUUUUGAUUUUGGUUCCUCACUGUCGAGGUCACUUUUUCACUACAAAAUCCUCGUUUGCAGAAUAUUUAAUGUGCCUUAAACCGGAUGCGAACCCAAGUGAGGGUUUAAUCGCCGACAAAAAAUCAUAUGCUACAAACACGUUUAAAUUUGUUGCCGAUGUGACCAGGGGAUGUCUUUAUAACAGUCAGGGUACGGCAGAAUGGAUUAAUCGUUCUAAUAUCGACUGCAAGUACUAUCUUCCGGUGCUUAUGCUGAGGUUGUUCAUGAUUCUUUGUUUAUCGUGUCUGAAUUCUGAGUUGCCGUUCAAUACACUUUUUGAGGUGCUUAAAGUAGGUUAUGUCAGAAACCAGCUGCCGUGGAAAUUUUGUGAAGCUAUUCGUGAUAGGCGUACGAGGAUGAAUUAUAAUAAUAAUAAUAUUUCGGACAAUGCUGCUGCAGUUGCUGGAGCUUUCAAUAUUAUAGGGGAUCCUCUUGUUAUUGUAGCCUCGACUGAGUUUAAUAGUGUCGAGUUUGUAUGUCCCGAUUCCAUUUUUCUUGACUUGAAGUCGUUCUCGUGUCGAAAUGAGGUGAUCAGAAAACUAUUUUCUAACAAGAGCAGCUGUGAAGCAUCAACACAUUCACACGGUGAUGAAAAAGUAAUUGCAGUUGAUGGAAAUGAUGUUGUUAGUGAACAAGUUACCACUAGUACGAAAUCUUCAAACACGAGAUUGGAAACCGAUUCACAAUUGAGCACCUCAAAGAAUGGCGAAGGGGUUGUGCGAAUGGACUUAAAUUGGAACAUUAUUCAGGAAUUAUUUGACGCAGGGUAUGGAAAUGAUGGAGAUUCCAAGAGCACUCUUCGGAUGAAGAUGGAGGAAAUGAAGGAGCAUAUAAAAAUAUUAACUGCUGACAUGGCAACUCACCCUGGUGAAGAUAAAAAAUUGCUGGCCACGAUGGAGGAACUGACCGAGCUUUCUUCUUCAUUAGAUACGAGUGAGAUUGAUGUUAAAGCAAUGCAGAAGCUGGGAGAACUUUUGAUGAGCUUCAAAGAAAGAAGUUCUGAAAUAUCAUUGUUGGGUUCGAAUGACCAUAUAACAAUGCAUUCAACUUCUUCUGACGACGACGACGAGGAGGAGGACGAAGAUAGAAAAAAUAAUAGCAAAAAUGGAAAAGGAAAGAGCAAGAAUAAUAAGAAGCAGCCGAAAAAAGGGAAAGGAAAAGGGAAAGGGAAAGGAGGUAAAAGGAAGUGAAAAGGGUAAUUAAUUUUUGUAUGUAAAUCUUUUUGUUUCUUCGAAUUUGAGUUUUGAGUAUCUCUUCUGAUGUUACUUUUUGGUUUAAGCCCGUGUCGGGUGCUCGAAUGGUCGUGUUGGAUAUCUACGCUGCGUCGUAUAUCAGUUCUUUAGCAUGAUGUUACUUUUUGGUUUAAGCCCGUCGUGUCGCGUGCUCAAAUGGUCGUGUUGAAUUUCUACGCUGCGUCGUAAAUCAUAUCUUUAGCGUUUCUUUUA